AUGGAAUAUUCAAAAUUGUUGGAUACUAUCGAUACUUUAGGUUACGCGGGAAUAUGCGUGAGCACGGAAAAUUCUCAGCUAUUAAAAAAUUCCCUCUUGAUAUUGCAAAAAGAAAAUCAAUUUCGAAAGUGUUAUUAUUGGGGUAAAAUAAAUGCCAUACAAAAUGAUUAUCACAUAGCUUAUGGAUACAAAAAAGAUUGUAUGAAUGGAAAAAUAUAUUAUUACAGUAUGGAUGGAUUAAAUUGGUUAUUACUACCAAAGCCAGAAAAAUAUGCUAAAUUUUUAACACCCCUUGCAAUUAACAAAUUCGAAGGAGAACCAUCAAUAGUGACAAACGUUUACGAUUCUAAUCCACCAUUUCCAUCAAAUGAAGAUCCUAAGCAAUAUUACAACGGACCAAUACCGAAAGAAUUAAAAGAGGAAGAUCGUUUGGCAACCAUAGUUGAGACAAUAACGGAAGAAGCAAUAAUUAUUCCUCGUGGUGGUUGGUUCAAAUGUCCAAACGGAGAUAUUAUUGAAAAUUUAGCAUUCGAGGGAUUAAACGAAGUAGAUGCACUUAAUCUUAAAUCCUAUCAACAUGCACGUCCUCCUCAACAAAAAUGGAAUACUAAUUUGUUAACAAGACCUGAUUACGAUUAUGCUAUCGAUUUUCUUGACACCGUCGAUCUGGAUAUUCCUCAGGGAUGCUGGAAUCUGCAACUUCUUAUGGGAUCCAAUUUAAUAAUCCUUUACAAUUUAUACUGGCCUGGAAUGACAUUUUAUCACAAAUUAAAUACACCUCAUUACGGUUUUUUAUAUAUUGGUAACGGUAAGAAAAAUAUGGAUUUACCUUUCAUGGUGUAACGAAUGUGAUAAAUAAAUCAUUUAAUCCACA